UUAUAGGGUCACUUUAAAUGUCAAACAAUUUUUAGCUUUAUUUUGCUUUUGUUUUUGUUUGGAUUUUGAAGCAUAUCUAGUUGCCGUGGAAAUUUCUAAAGGAUCAAGAAGAAAUUGGCGGGAUGGAAACUCAAAAACCAAUCCACGCCGUGAGCAACAUUGUCGAGUUUGCGAUUUUAGAAAUGCAAGAAAAUGAAAUCCUCUGGAAUACAAAAAAACCUGAUUACUACUACAAAAAUAGGAAGCAAAUUAUUAAAGAUAUUGCAGCUAGAGGAGGGAUUCCGGCUGACAAAUUCAAGGAAGUUAUCCAUUACGUUAAAAGGAGGUUUAACAUGGAACAUGAAAAGAUUACCAAAAGCAAAAGCGAAGGCAAACUGGAAAACUCAACUUGGAAGUGGUACAAUAAAUGUUCUUUCCUCAAAGACGCAAAACCAGUUGCGAAUCUUAAGUAUUUUUCAAAUAAGGAAAAACCCAUCGGAUUGCAAAUCAAAACUGCUGAGGCUACAUCCACUACAACCCUAAGAACGUACCUCAGGGCUGACUCUAAAAAGCCAAGUAGUAAAGUUCAGGGUGGCCAAACUACGCCAGAAACCUCCAAUCAAUCAGAUCCAUCAACAAACAAUAUUUUUAUUGUCGAUCCUGACGAACAAAUUCAAUGUAAAUUGGAAAGUGAAUCUGAAGAUUCAUUGCAACAUCAAACAGACGAUGCAAUGGACAUCCCUCCAGAUUCUGGAAGCGAUGGAGAACCUGAGGAUCCCAUUGCAGUAAAAUCACCUCCGAAAAAGAGGGCAUCAGAACUGAGUAAAGCCAGGAGACAAUUUAUAAUUGAUGCUGUAUGUUCUUCUGUUUCCUUCCAAUUGUCCAAUGAGGAACUUACUGAAAAGGAUUUAGUGUCCUUUCAUAGUGACCUGGUAAAAUACAUGUAUACAUACUUCAGUAAAAGGAAGAAAUAAACGAUUUUCAACAAAAAAAA